AUGAAAAAUGACACCUCCAUGGCCAAAUUUGUCCUCCUGGGGUUCUCUAACCACCCAGAUACGAAUCUCAUUCUCUUUGUGGUGUUUCUAUGCAUUUACAUCAUCACAGUGCUGGGAAACGUCCUCAUCAUCAUCGUCAUAAAUGUCAAUCCGACCCUUCACACGCCUAUGUAUUUCUUCCUCAGGAACUUGUCCUUCCUGGAGGUCUGCUACACCUCGGUCACCCUACCCAAGAUGCUGGCCAACCUCCUCUCAGAAGACAAAACCAUCUCCUUUGCUGGCUGUGCAGUACAGAUGUAUUUCUUUCUGUUCUUUGCUGUUACUGAGUGCUUUCUCCUUGCAUCUAUGGCAUAUGACCGCUACAGUGCCAUAUGCAACCCUCUGCGCUACACAGCCAUCAUGGACAAGAGGGUUUGCAUCCAGCUGGCUAUGAGCUCAUGGAUCUGUGGCAUCCUGGUGGCCCUGGGGCACACAACGUUUGUCUUCACGCUUCCUUUUUGUGGGUCCCACGUGAUCAACCACUUCUUCUGUGAGAUUCAGCCGGUGCUGAAGCUGGUGUGUAGGGACACCUACUGGAAUGAGAUCCAGAUCAUUGUGGCUGCUGCAUUCGUCCUCAUGAUGCCUUUCAUGCUGAUCCUGGUCUCCUACAUCUGUAUCAUCUCCACCAUCCUGAAAAUGCAGUCUGCUGAAGGCAGGCGCAGAGCCUUCUCCACCUGCUCCUCACACCUCAUUGUGGUGACCUUGUUCUACGGGACGGCCCUUAUCAUGUAUGUGCGCCCCAAGUCCAGCUUUUCUCCAGAUGUGAACAAGUUACUCUCUCUGUUCUACUCAGUGGUGACUCCGAUCUUGAACCCCAUUAUCUACAGCCUCAGGAACAAGGAGGUGAAAGAUGCCUUGAUGAAAACAGGGAUGAAGAUAUUCCAUUCACAGAAAUAGACAUUUUUCCUCCAACUGGAUUAUUCCCUGGGGAAUAUAUCCGCUCUCAAGAGACUCUACAAUGCUGAAGAGAC